GUUGGAUUUUUGUCCGUCAAUGAUCUGAAUUUCAUAUUUCUGUGAAAAAAUAAAUAAAAAAUAGAAAUGGGACCUCCGAAAAAAUCUAAGAAAGAUAAAUUUGGUGGAGACAAAUUUGGAAAAAAACGACGUGCUGAAGACGAUGCCUACACACAGCUUGUUGACGACAAUGAUACCAUAGAUAUUAGUGAAUCUGAUGGAAUACCUGGAGCUGCCUCUAAAAAUGCCGAGACCAAUGAUGAUGGUAUAAAUACCGAUGAAUAUGGCGCUAAAGAUUAUCGUUCACAAAUGGAACUAAAACUAGAUCACCACAAUCGUCCUCUAUGGGUGGCACCAAAUGGUCAUAUAUUCCUGGAGUCAUUCUCUCCGGUCUACAAACAUGCUCAUGACUUUCUUAUUGCCAUUUCGGAACCCGUGUGUCGUCCAGAGCAUAUACAUGAAUAUAAAUUAACUGCCUACAGUUUAUAUGCUGCCGUAUCGGUUGGUCUACAGACCCAUGACAUUGUAGAAUAUUUAAAGAGAUUAAGUAAAACUAGUAUUCCUGAGGGUAUUAUAGAAUUUAUUAAACUAUGUACUUUAUCAUAUGGAAAAGUUAAAUUAGUUUUAAAACACAAUCGCUAUUUCAUCGAAUCUCCACAUCCUGAUAUUCUACAAAAGCUGCUCAAGGAUCCUGUUAUACAGACAUGUCGCUUAAAACGUGAGGAAGGAGAUGGUUUCAUACAGGGAUCCGUGGAUGGUAAAGCCAUAACACAAUUUGGAACAAAAUUGCCAGAUGGUACGAUCAAAGGGGCAGAUGGAAAGACCGAUCCUAAUGCUGCUGGCACUGUUAAUGCCGAUGGCACAACUACUGUGCCCGAUGAUAUCACCAAUUUCUAUGAUAAAAUUGAUAAUGAGGAGGAAGACGAGGAUGAGGCUAAUUUAAAAACUGUUUCGUUUGAAGUUAAUCAGGAAAAAAUUGAAGUCAUACAAAAACGUUGCAUUGAAAUUGAGCAUCCUCUGCUGGCGGAGUAUGAUUUUCGUAAUGAUACACACAAUCCGGACAUAAAUAUUGAUUUGAAACCAGCAGCUGUAUUGAGACCUUAUCAGGAGAAAAGUUUGCGCAAAAUGUUUGGUAACGGACGUGCCAGAUCGGGUGUUAUUGUACUGCCUUGUGGUGCAGGUAAAUCAUUGGUGGGUGUCACUGCCUGUUGUACCGUACGUAAACGUGCCUUGAUUUUGUGCAACAGUGGUGUAUCAGUCGAACAAUGGAAGCAGCAGUUCAAAAUGUGGUCUACAGCUGACGACAGUAUGAUUUGUCGUUUCACUUCCGAGGCCAAAGACAAACCUAUGGGAUGUGGCGUUCUAGUGACUACCUAUUCUAUGAUUACUCAUACUCAAAAACGUUCCUGGGAAGCUGAACAAACCAUGCGUUGGCUACAGGAACAGGAAUGGGGCAUUAUGGUGCUGGAUGAAGUACACACCAUUCCUGCGAAAAUGUUUCGUAGAGUUUUAACCAUAGUACAGUCUCAUUGCAAACUAGGUUUGACAGCCACAUUGUUGCGUGAAGAUGACAAAAUUGCCGAUUUGAAUUUCCUUAUUGGCCCUAAACUGUACGAAGCCAAUUGGUUGGAACUACAAAAGAAGGGCUUUAUUGCCCGCGUACAGUGUGCAGAGGUGUGGUGUCCCAUGUCUCCCGAAUUCUAUCGUGAAUAUUUGACAGCCAAAACUUCCAAGAAAAUGUUACUCUACGUUAUGAAUCCCUCCAAAUUUCGCAGUUGUCAAUUUCUUAUAAGAUAUCAUGAAAAAAGAGGCGACAAAACCAUUGUUUUCUCGGACAAUGUGUUUGCUUUGAAACAUUAUGCCAUUAAAAUGAAUAAGCCUUUCAUUUAUGGUCCUACCUCACAGAAUGAACGUAUUCAAAUUCUACAAAAUUUCAAAUUCAAUCAAAAAGUCAACACCAUUUUUGUGUCAAAGGUGGCCGAUACAAGUUUCGAUUUGCCCGAGGCCAAUGUGCUUGUACAGAUUUCCUCACAUGGUGGUUCUCGUCGUCAGGAGGCUCAGCGUUUAGGUCGUAUUUUGCGUGCUAAAAAGGGUGCCAUAGCUGAAGAGUAUAAUGCCUUCUUCUACACCCUCGUCUCCCAGGACACCAUGGAAAUGAGCUAUUCUCGCAAGCGUCAACGUUUCUUGGUCAAUCAAGGUUACAGUUAUAAAGUUAUUACCCAUUUAAGUGGCAUGGAUACGGAUCCAGACUUGUUUUAUAAAACCCGCGAAGAACAGUCACAAUUGCUGCAACAAGUUUUGUCGGCUUCCGAUUUGGAUUGUGAAGAUGAGAAGGUUCCGGGUGAGCCGGGUUAUCGUCCAGGUGGCACUAUGAAACGUGGCGGCUUAAGUUCUAUGUCGGGCGGUGAUGAUGCCAUUUAUUAUGAACAUCGUAAAAAGCAUUCUGGAAAUAUACAUCCUUUGUUUAAGAAAUUCAGAGGUGUUUAAAAUGAUGAAACUAACUAUGUUCGCAUGCAAUGCUGAUUUUAUUAUUAAUUAAAUGUACUAAAAAUAAAUAGAUUAUAUACGAA